UUAAGGCAAACGUGAGAGAGAGAUACAGACAUCGCCGCCCACCCCCCCACACAUUUCACACGCGAAUCUUAUCUCUCUCUUCCUCCGCGGCAGCAAUGGAAUCGUCGAAGCAGUCUCUGAUCCCUAGCUUCCUCUAUUCCUCUUCCUCUUCUCCCAGAUCUGUUCUCAUCGACCAAGUCCUGACCUCCAACUCAAACGCCGCGUUUCAAUCCCCCAAUCUCGACAAGUCUCCUCAAACGACGAUGGUGUCUCGUAAAAACUUCCUUAUCGCGUCUCCCACUGAGCCAGGGAAAGGGAUCGAGAUGUACUCUCCUGCUUUCUACGCCGCGUGUACCUUCGGUGGUGUUCUCAGCUGUGGUCUCACUCACAUGGCUGUUACUCCUCUCGAUCUCGUCAAGUGCAAUAUGCAGAUUGAUCCGGCCAAGUACAAGAGCAUCUCGUCUGGUUUUGGGAUUUUGCUGAAAGAGCAAGGAGUUAAAGGCUUUUUCCGUGGAUGGGUUCCUACUUUGUUGGGGUACAGUGCUCAGGGGGCUUGUAAGUUUGGGUUUUACGAGUUCUUCAAGAAGUAUUACUCUGAUCUCGCUGGACCUGAGUUUACUGCCAAGUACAAGACACUCAUUUAUCUUGCUGGUUCGGCUUCUGCGGAGGUUAUUGCCGAUGUUGCGCUUUGUCCUUUUGAAGCUGUCAAGGUUAGGGUUCAGACACAGCCUGGGUUUGCUAGAGGAAUGUCUGAUGGGUUUCCUAAGUUUGUCAAGUCUGAAGGAUAUGGAGGGCUGUACAAGGGUCUUGCUCCACUUUGGGGACGUCAGAUUCCUUACACUAUGAUGAAGUUUGCUUCGUUUGAGACUAUUGUUGAGAUGAUCUACAAGUAUGCUAUCCCCAACCCCAAACACGAGUGCAGCAAAGGUCUGCAGCUUGGUGUGAGUUUUGCUGGAGGUUAUGUUGCUGGAGUGUUCUGUGCAAUUGUUUCCCACCCAGCUGAUAAUCUUGUGUCGUUCCUCAACAACGCUAAGGGAGCAACCGUAGGAGAUGCGGUGAAGAAGAUAGGAAUGGUGGGACUAUUCACGAGAGGGCUUCCUCUGAGAAUUGUGAUGAUAGGAACAUUGACCGGAGCACAGUGGGGAUUAUAUGAUGCCUUCAAAGUCUUUGUUGGACUGCCAACCACCGGUGGUGUUGCUCCAGUUCCUGCGAUCAAAGCCUGAAACUAAAUGAUGAUGAAAAUGGUUAGGAUUUUUGUUUGGAAAAAAAAACAAAUAAGAGAAACUUAUGAGGAAGAGUGGAGCUCGUCCUCCGGAUUCAAACUUUAUUACAUUUUUGAAAUGUGUUUUCUUAAUUCGGGAUUAUUCCCACACUUAAAAGAUAGAGUGGGCACGUCUAUUUUUACUACUUUUGCUCUGUUUCAUUUGAAAAUUUCGUUUUGUUACUAUUUUUGUUGGCCUCAACGUACUACUUUACUAUUACUGCCUAGACCUACUAUUUUUCCAUGCUUCAUACUUUUCUAUAUUAGCAUCAAACAGUCUGCCAAUUCUGGAUAAUACAGCAUAAUAGAGAAUGCUUUUUGGGUUUGAAGUUAUAUGAAUGGUUAGUGCGAUU